CUCUCUUUCCGCCACGUGUCCCUCCCGAGCCACGUGAAUCCCACCUGGCGCUCAUACUGAGCUAGCAAAUGAUACGAUGGCGCCCCACUCACAAUCUAACCUCUAAUCUACUUCAUAUUUACACUUUGACCCCUCCUUCCUCGAUUAAUUAAUUUCAAUCUGCUCACCGGAAAUUUCUGUACCUUUCAGAGCACAUAUCAACAGAUCGACGGAGAUAUGGGCGGAGCUGAGGCCAACGAAGAAAAGGAGAAGCAGGUUGAGGUCUUGAUGUGUGGGUAUUUCCCCGGAGUCACGUCGCAGCGACCACCGCUGUCCUCGCCGGCGAUUGUGCGGCUGCCGGAGGCGGAGAUGGAUGGUGAUUCGUGGAAUGACGUAUGCGCUGGCGGCUGCGGCUUCGGGAUGGCUGUUUCCGCUUCCGGUAAGCUUAUUACAUGGGGUUCGGCCGACGAUCAGGGCCAGAGCUAUCUGACCUCCGGGAAGCAUGGGGAGAACCCAGAAAAGUUUCAUGUCCCAACAACAGAUCGGAUUGUAAAAGCUGCUGCUGGAUGGGCACAUUGUAUCUCUGUUACCGAUAAAGGGCAAGUGUAUAGUUGGGGAUGGAAGGAGUGUGUUCCCUCUGGUAAAGUCACUCGUAACUGGAGUAACAUAAAAAGUUGUGAAGAAGAUGAAAAUUGUGCAAAGCAAAGUUCAACAACAAACGAACAAGAUAGCCCACGAUCACAGAGUCCGAAAUCCACAGGACUAAUCUCAUUUCCAAAUGACAAAUUACCGGGCAUUGAAGCUAUGAAACGGAGAAAAGUUACUCCUCAGCAAGAAUUAGAUGCUUCAAUACCUGCCGACGAAAUUCUGUCUAUGCCUCCUUGUCUUGUGGAGCUCGAUUCUGGGGUAAAGAUCACCUCAGUUGCUGCCGGGGGCCGGCAUACUCUAGCAUUGUCAGAGCUGACGCUUUUACCGGAUUUAGAUGUGGGACAGGUUUGGGGUUGGGGCUAUGGAGGUGAAGGCCAGCUCGGAUUGGGUUCUAGAAUAAAAACGGUGGCAUCCCCUCAUCUCAUACCUUGUAUUGAAUCAUCCACGAAUGGACAAGAAAGCUCUGAUGUUAGUCAACAAAGUCUUGCUUCUGAAGGUAAGAAGUUUAUAGGUAACUACGUGAAGGGGAUUGCAUGUGGAGGCCGGCACAGUGUAGUGGUGACAGAUGCUGGUGUGCUUCUUGCCUUCGGCUGGGGACUGUAUGGACAGUGUGGACAAGGGAAUACUGAUGAUUUGCUGAAGCCAUAUUGUGUUCCCUCACUAAUGGGAACUCGAAUUGAGGCAGUUGCAGCUGGUCUUUGGCAUACAAUUUGCAUAUGUGCUGAUGGUCGUGUUCAUGUUUUUGGAGGAAAUCAGUUUGGGCAGUUGGGUUUGGGGACGAAUUCGGACCAGUGUGAGCUUGUCCCCAGGCUUGUUAAUGAACCGAUCCUUGAUGGAAAGAAAGCCAAGGUGGUGUCCUGUGGGGCCCGCCACAGCGCUAUACUGACAGGUAAACCUUCUGUUGUGGUUUUGGAGAUAUCUUUCUAACUUUAGGUUAAUGCUUUAGUGUCGAGAUAUAUAUAUACCGGGUGAUUAUCAUUGCCUUGGCUUGGUGCUUUUGAUGGUGCUAUCUGUAUAAAAAGUAAUAACAAUAAAAAAGAGGAACCAUUAGUUUUUAUACCGUUGAUUUUGGUUUCAAUGCUAAAAAAAUAUCAACCCCGAACAAAAUCUAUAAAAACAAAAUUAUUAUAGUUUCGUAAUAUCUAAACUCCACCACGAGUAUUGAAACCAAGUCAGGGCUGCUUGCUAUUGUGUUUUGUUGAUUAAAAUUACAUUUGAAAACCGAGUCUGAUUUUGCAGCUGGAUUUUAUAUUUAUUUAUUUUGACAUAUAAAGCAGAUGAUGGUGAAAUAUUCAGCUGGGGAUGGAACAAAUACGGUCAGCUCGGUUUAGGUGAUACAGCCGAUGUCAACGUGCCUGGAAAGGUUCUACUGAAAGAUUACACUCCCAAGAACAUAGCCUGUGGCUGGUGGCACACACUUUUGCUGUGUGAGAGAGUUCCAUCUAC